GGGGCCGCGCCGCAGCCGCACCGGGGCUCUCCGAUGCGAAUCGCAGCCCGCUCGCCGGCCGCUGCCGCGCGGCGGGGAGCGGCUGGGCUCCGGUCGCCGCCAUGAUGCCGGCCCUGGCAGCCCAGCGGCGGGGCUGCCGCGGCCUCUACCGCCUGUACCUGCGGUGCCAGGCGCCGCCGCUACCCCGCGCCUGCCACGGAUGGCAAGCUUCAAUGAAAUGUGGGAGUCUGUCUUAUAUUCUACCAUGCAAUCGUCUGCCUGUGCAGUUGAUAAGUCAAGUGAGAGUUUAUACAUCCAAUGGUCAGAAAAAAGAUCUUGGAUCAGAAGACACAAAUGGAUCAACCCCUGAAGAAACCCCAAAUAAAGCUGGAACAGGCCAAGAUACAAGCAAUGCAGGGCAAAAGCAGUCUUUCAUUAAAGAGCCAAUUCAAGUGAAAGUGAAAGCAGUCCUGAAAAAAAGAGAGUAUGGACCAAAAUACACACAGAAUAAUUUCAUCACUGGAGUCAGAGCAAUAAAUGAGUUUUGUCUUAAAUCCAGUGAUUUAGACCAGCUGAGGAAAAUUAAACGACGAAGCCCCCAUGAUGACACUGAGACUUUCACUGUGUACCUAAGAUCAGAUGUGGAAGCAAAGUCUCUUGAAGUUUGGGGGAGCCCAGAGGCUCUUGCUAGAGAAAGAAAGCGACGUAAAGAGGCAGAGAUCAAGUACAGAGAAAAUCUGUUUAGAAACCAAAGGCUGUUGUGGGAAUACAAGGAGUUCUUUGGAAAUACUAAGCCACGCUCCAGUGCAGCAGCUAUGUUUUUCAAGGGACCAGGGAAGGUGGUAAUGGUAGCUAUUUGCAUAAAUGGGUUGAAUUUUUUCUUUAAGCUACUUGCUUGGGUUUACACAGGUUCUGCAAGCAUGUUUUCAGAAGCCAUACAUUCUUUAGCAGAUACAUGUAACCAGGCCUUGCUAGCUUUGGGCAUCAGUCAGUCUGCAAGGACACCUGACCCUAGUCAUCCGUAUGGUUUCACAAACAUGCGCUACAUUGCCUCCCUAAUUAGUGGGGUUGGUAUUUUCAUGAUGGGUGCAGGACUUUCUUGGUAUCAUGGGAUCAUAGGUUUACUCCAGCCUCAUCCUAUAGAGUCUCUUCUCUGGGCAUACUGCAUUUUAGCAGGGUCACUGGUGUCUGAAGGAGCUACUCUUCUUGUUGCCAUCAAUGAAAUCCGCAGGAGUGCUCGAGCCAAGGGGCUGUCAUUUUAUCAAUAUGUUGUGCAGAGUCGUGAUCCUAGCACCAAUGUGGUGUUACUGGAGGAUGCUGCAGCAGUUCUGAGCGUGGCCGUAGCUGCUACCUGUAUGGGUCUGACGUCUUUGACAGGAAACCCUUACUAUGACAGCGUGGGAUCUCUAGGUGUUGGAACCUUACUAGGAACUGUCUCAGCGUUUCUCAUCUACACCAACACUGAAGCCCUGCUGGGAAGAUCCAUUCAACCUGAGCAGCUGCAGCGACUCACUGAGCUACUGGAGAGCGAUCCUGUAGUAAGAGCAAUUCAUGAUGUUAAAGCCACAGACAUGGGAAUGAGCAAAGUGAGAUUCAAGGCAGAAGUAGACUUUGAUGGACGGGUUGUUACUCGUUCUUACCUGGAAAAGCAAGACAUUGAACAGCUGCUACAAGAAAUUCAGCAAGUGAAAACCCUUGAAGAAUUAGAAGCUUUCAUGCUUAAGCAUGGUGAGAACAUCAUCGACACACUAGGAGCUGAAGUCGACAGACUUGAGAAGGACCUAAAGCAACGAAAUCCUGACGUUCGCCAUGUGGAUUUGGAGAUACUAUAGACUUGGGCAGAAGAAGUCUUCAGGUUGGAAAGAAGUCAUGCCAAGGGCUGAAAAGCUUCUGAAAUUGCAGUGACCUCAGCACCAUACCUCGCUUACUUUUGCUGUAGGCCUCCUGGACUGUUAGCACUGCUUCUGGUUCUGGAGGAGGACAGGACUCACAGACAAAAAGAUCCAUGGCAAAAUGAGUUUAAAAAAGCUACAUGGCUGAAAUCCCACACAGGAGAGUCUGCCUGAGUGUAUUUUACUGCAGUUCAGAACUUGGUUAGGCAAAUAGAGCUGUCUGAAAAUAGACAACACACUUAGGUUGGGGUUUUUUUUUUCCCAUUUGUGUCCCUUUGCAGUCAGUUUGCACUUCUUUAGUUUCUUUCAAGAUAUCAUUAAAGGUUCUUGGGAGAUAUUAAGAUUAGCUAGGAAGAGUUUGUUCCAGUGGAACCUGCCAACCUUAAACUAAUUGUAAAUGUUUCUGCUGUGUGAUUGUUUCAGUUUUUCUUUUCUAUGUGAAAUUCUUUCAAACAGGCACUGGCUUUUUCUCAAGUACCUGGAAACCUGCUUUUUGUUCACCCCUUGUGAUUACCAACUGCACUUCAGAAAAAUUUAGUUGGAUUUUUUUUGUUGUUUGGGUUUUUUUCCCCCCUCUUCAGUGGAGUCAGCUCUGUGUGGUUAGCCACAGUUCAAUUUCUAGGAAGAAAUUACUGUGUAGAAAUUUCAGUUAAUUUCCUCUGCUUAAAUUUUGUUCCCUUUCUCCCUUGACACCCAUUCUCUUCUAUGUAAGUAUCUUCAGAUGUAACCUGGGAGAUAUUUAUGUUAGUGCUUAUUAAAAAAUUACCUGGGAUUUUUGGCUUUUUAUACUUUUAAUAGGCUGGAUGGUCAGAUAUGGCCUUUGCUAGAAGGUAAAAGAGAUACAGUUGGAAGUUUCAAUGGUGAAAGAUGUAUUAGAACUAUUUAUAAUUAAACAAAUGGAUACAUUAUAUUUUUAAUUUAUUUACCUUUAGAUAUUAUCUGUUCUCUGCAUUGUAAGCUGCUUACUUUGUGGGGUUUUUUGGCUGUGUUUCUUUUAGGAAUCAACCUUCCUUGUUUGGCAAAGUAAAAUCAUUUUCUCAGUGGUCCUCGACAAUUCUAAGAUAAGUGCUUAGAGGUUUUAACUUUGAAAUGUGCAGUUCUAGCACUGUACAUAAGCAGCCUCAAGGCUUUCUGCAGCAGGCCACCCAAGUUGCACCAGAUUCUUGGAGACCUUUGUUAAUAAGCCAUGAGUCCUGAUCAUGCAGGCUGAAAGAGAAAUGAAAUGAAUUGCACUUCAACAUAUUCCAGUAAAAUGAGACUUGCUUAUGGGUGAGAGGUAUUACUAAGACCCUCCAAGUGACUCAGCUGUUGAGUAAUACCUGACUUGCUGAAGAAGAAAUGUUGGAUCAGAAACACAAGUCUUCAGAAAUCAGUUUAAAAUGAAAUGAUUAGCAUUGCAGCAAAUACCUGUGGAGACCAACGUGUCCAGAUUUGACUAAAAACGUUUUUGAGGACGUUACUCUUUCCACACUAAGUGUCACUUACUAGGGAAGUGUGAGGAUUUAAAAGAGCAUGCCUUCUGACAGCAGCGAGGAUCUUUGGAUCCUCAGCACAAGGAGGAUGUGGACCUGAUGGAGGCAGACCAGAAGAUAGCCACAAAAACGAUCAGAGGGCUAGAGUACCUCUUCAGAGAGAGUUGGGGUUGUUCAGCCUGGAGAGAAGAAGGCUCCAGGGAGACCUUCUAGUGGCCUGAAGAGGGCCUACAAGAAAGCUGAGGAAGGACUAUUUACAAAGGCACGUGGCAAUGGUUUUAAACCAGAGCAGGGCACAUUUAGAUUGGAUGUUAGGAAGAAGCUCUUUAACAGGGGUGGAACACCAGAGCAGGUUGCUCAGGGAGGUGGUGAAGGAGACAUUUAAGGUCAGGCUCGGUGUGGCUCUCAGGAACCUGAUCUAGUUGGGGAUGUCUGUUGGCUGCAGGGGGGCUGGACUAGGUGACCUCUAGAGGUCCAUUCCAACCCAUUGCAUUUUAUGACUGUGCUGGUCAUUUUAAGUAGAAAAACAUUCCAGAGUUUAGUGACAGAUGGGACUUCACAUGCAGCAGUUGUGAGUGAAGAGGUCUCUUCAGUACCUAUCCAUCAUCCCUGCUCACUGAUGGCUUCUUCAUAGCACAUUAGCUUAUUAUGGCUAAUCCAAAAGAAGGCUGACUUAGCUGCUUUUCUCCUAGACCUAGUUAGUGUACUUAAGCAUGGUGAUUUGAAAUGCAGUUUACAGGUAAUUUGGAAGUGUACUGUACCAAGUAAAUAAGACAUAUUUCAGCACAUUAUAUGGCAUUUACCUUUCACUUCUCCCCUCCAUGUAAACUUCAUCUCAUCUCUGCUCUUAGCCUUCUUCAGAGCACUGGAAUCUGCUAAUGCCUAACCUUUUGCCUCCUCUUUAGGAUAUUUAUGUGGAUUCUGAAUUUGAAUAAACACUUUAACAAAGUCAUUAUUCCAGAAACCUGAAGAGAAGUGCAACUGGGAAAAUGUUCUUACUGGGGAGGUUAGUGGAGACAGUCAGUGUGACCCAAGGGAUCUGGAGUCACUGAUGGAUGAGUAGUGUUAGCACGCACUUUGCAGGGCAGAAAUUCCACUGAGGUUGGUAAAUGUUACCCAACACCAAAGUGUUCCCAUGUCUUGUUAAGAAGAGGCCUGAGUUUAUAUUCUUCUGCUCCAGAAGCCUCUAAAAGUGUUUUCUUCUUCAUCAAAGAGGUAACUCCUGUGAGUUUUGAUUUCCUUAUCUGAGCCAGAAGCACACUCAUGCACACACUUCUUGUUUGUCUUCCAAGGCAAGAUUCAGAUCCUUGUCUCCCAGCUACACUAAUGAGAAUCACAGGAUGUUCAGUUGAAGAAGCCAGAACUUGAAUGGUUUUGAGACACAGUCUGAGGACUCAGUUCCAAUUUUACAGCCAACCUGGGUGGUGAUGCAUCACCAAUAGGCAGGCAGACUGGUUUGGGCAGCACCUUGUAAGUUCACAUGUCUUGCAGCUGGCUGAAAAUACUGCUUCAUUGAGCCUGUCAGGCUGGAAAUGAAAAGUGAUCCCAAGCUGUUACAUUCUAAUACCUGUUUCAGUUUGUUUUGAACAAUUUGGAGAGUUCUACUGCUUCUUUUUCCUCUUAAAACUUGAGGUGAUGUGGGUCCAGUACUUAAGUUUCCUUUUGGUUUAGUAUAUUUUUGGGGGGGGAAUGUUAAGCUAAUGCAUUCACCUGAUAGAAUUACCUGAAUUAAAAACCCAAAAACUUA